GUCUUUUAAAUAAUAAGAGGAUAUAAAUGGAGGCAUAAACUUCACUUGCCGUGUUAGUACAGAGUAGUCGAGCAUCCAGCACAAACGCUUUUCAAGUACGUCCAACAAUAUUCCAUGUUGCUGAAACCUAUAUUUGUGGUUGCCCUUAUUGGGCACUGUUUGGCAAGGGCCGAUCCUAGUCGAUCGACCGCCCAAAACGACGCCAGAAAGCCCAUGUUGGUUUACGCCACGAAUGGCGAAGGGAAGACACUUGAAGCCGAGAAAAAGUCUGGAUUCCGUCGAAGCAUUCCUCCUGGUGCGGGAUUAGGAUUCGCUGGUGGAUUCGGAAACGGCGGAUUCAAUACGGGCAUUGGAACAGGAUUCGUGCCCAACGGUGGCAUGAAUUUCGGAACGGGCUUGGGACUCGGGACGGGUUUGCCGAAUAAUAACUUCAUGGGCAGCAGUUUCGGUCCUGUGGGUUUAGGAAAUAACUUCGUUGGAACUGGUUAUACGGGAGCUACAUUUGGUAGUGCUGGACUAGGAAACAAUAUCCUUGGAACUGGUUUUGCAGGAACUAGCUUUGGGGUAGAUGCAAUGUCGAAUCCAUUUGGCUACAGUAAUUCAAUGGUUUACUCACCUUAUGCAAAUAAUAUGGGUGGAUUUGGUGUCAAUACUGGAGUGUUUAAUCAACCCGGUCUCGGUACCAGUUACUGGCCUAAUCGGCAAGGUUUGAUGACCAAUGGGUUCAAUGGAGUGGGAAGUUUCAACGAUCCGUCCGGUUUUAAUAGCCUCGGAAUCAACGGGAACAGCUUUGGCGGAGUCAACUCCUUUAGAAACGGGGUAACUGGACUGAACGGCUUGAAUGGUAUCGGCACCGGAGUUGGUUUCAACAACAACUUUGGUAGUCUGAGUAAUGGAAUCAACGGUUUCAGCAGCGCAAAUAGUUUGAACAAUCGCUUCGGUACUGGGUUCAACAACGGCUUGAACAAUUUCAGCUCGUUCAAUACUGGCGUCUCGUCUAGCGGAUUCGGUAACCCAAGCCAGUUUGGAAUAAACUCCUUUGGUGAGAGCAAUUCUUUCAAGCGUUCACCUUUAGAUCCAACUUCACCGUACUAUAUUCAGCUCUACAACGCUGAAAACAACGAAGAAGGACAGGCUCAGUCAUCCAACUGGAACAGCCGCAACUCCGGGCUGCCUGCUACCAAUCGCGAUACUAGUACCGGUACAGUAACCAGUCACUCGGCUGGUGGCCAAGUCCGAAACAACUCCGGUUCCGUUUAGCGCCAUCUGAAAUCUCGAAAAUGAUUAUCCAAACGAUUCUGUGUAAAAAAAUAAUAUCUACAUUUUCUUCCUUCUUAUUGAGCUGUUUCUUGAAUCGAUGAAUGAUUAAACUUUAAAAUUGCACACUUCACACCAUGUUUAAAAGAAAAAUACACCCUUUUUUCAAUCAA